GUGAGGACUUUCACACAGAAAAGUAGCCCGCCCACAUCCAUCUUCCUCACUCCUCCAAGCCUCACUACUGCCUAAGCCCCAAGUGCCAUCAUCAAGAUCUUCGCUAUGGCUCCUCAGUACCCUGACCUGAGAGAUAUCAACCAUUUCCCCGGCUUUGCCGGCAUUCCCACCGAAAACCUUGACACCGGAGUCAUCACUCCUGGAACAGAUGGCUGCCUUCUUCUAGAGAUCGUUGCUUUCGAAACAUCACCGACCCUCGUGGUUGGUACCCGCAGCAAGGACCUCCACCUCGUCACCCUGCGAUUCGAAGGGGAGGACCAAGGUAGGGCUCUCGCUCAGUCUCCGCAUCUGAAGGUCGGACAUACCAUCGCUAUCCUGCACGCUCGUAAGCACCAGUUCGGCCAUCAAGUUUACGGGAUUCGUCUCUACAACUAUCGCUCACUCAAGGUAUUCGCUGAAGCCUGACUGUGCUCUGUCACCUCUCAAUCCAUUUUUACUGACCUCACUGUAAUCCAGAUUCUCCCGGGGGGCUUGGAUGAGAUUCUCCAUCUGAGUGACGAAUUGCGAGCCUGGCCUCUGAACUUCGCUCCCCAUCAGAAGUGCCACUGGUGUGCCGCUGAGACUGACACGAUUAUAACCUGCAACGGCUGCGGCGUUAUCGGAUACUGCGGCACUGUAAGUAACCUCCUUUCUAGACUGGAUUGAAUUUGUCGAGACAAGAAGCUUGCUAAUGCCGGACUAGGCUUGCCAGCUCGCCAGCUGGAACAUUCGCAAUCACAAGGAGAUGUGCAAGGUUGUUGGCGAUCAGAACUUCCGUUCCCUCAUGGUUGAGAUGGCGUAUGAGGAAGCCUGAGUCGAGCACUCUCACUCUGAAAGAAGGAGCUUGAGGUUGAAGUCAAUUCCCGUAUCAUGUCUCGGUGGUUGAGCUCGGGCAAUA